AUGGCUAGUGGGGAGAAGCAGGCUCUUAUUCCAAAGGCAAUCAUACAUCACAAGUUUGGUGUUGAAGCAAGUUACAGAACUGAAGAAGUUCAUGUUCCUUCUCAGAGUAGUUGUCUCUAUCGAUGCCACUUGCAGCUACCAGACUUUUCCGUUGUAUCAAAUGUCUUUAAGAGCAAGCAGGAUUCUGAACAAUCUGCUGCUGAAUUGGCUCUCGAGAAGCUAGGCAUUCACCCUCAGGAUGAUCAUACUACUGUGGAAGAAAGUUUUGAUGAUAUUGUUGAACGCAUUAAGUUUAUAUUUUCUGAUGAGUUUCUUUCAGCUGAUCAUCCUCUUGGAAGUCACCUUAGAGCAACGUUGCAAAGAGAUGGUGAACGUCAUGGAUCAGUUCCUGUCUCUGUCAUUGCUACGUUUGACUCAAAGAUUAACUGUCUUUGUAAAGUGAUCGAUCCUUCUAUGGACGCUGAUCCUACCGUUGCCAUGUCCUAUGUCAUGAAGGCUGCUGCAAAGUUAUGGGACUGCAUUGUUGUAUCUCCGCCCGGAGAUUCACUCCAGAGGAAAAAUCCAUACCCUCCAGCAAUUAUAGAAGGACUUGGACUUGCUGCUACUCAUGUAGAAAACAUAAGAGUUGAGGCUGUGCAUAUAAAAUGUACCAAACGAGAUGAAGAGGUUCUUGAGCCAGUCACUCUUGAUGUUUCAUCAGAUAGGUAUUACUUAGAUGCUAUUGCUGAAAAGCUUGGUUUGAAGGAUGCCAGCCAAGUGAUGAUAUCCAGGGCGAUUAGCAAAACCUUCUCUGGCUAUGAGUGUAGGGUAUACUCUGCAAUUCCUAAGCUGACAUCUUCCAGUGAUUUAAACAAGUCUCGGAAUGCAAAAGCAAGCUUUGUUUGUGGUCAAGAUAUUCAUGGUGAUGCGAUCUUUGCAUCUGUUGGUUAUACAGAAAGGUCCCAUGAUCUUCAACAUGAUGAUGUAACCUUAAAGUCAUUUUACAGGAUAUGUUGCGGUAUGUCACCCAAUGGAAUCUACAAAAUCUCGAGAAAAGCAUUGAUUGCUGCACAGCUGCCUUUAUUAUUCACCAGAGAGUCUAACUGGAGAGGUCCAUUUCCCAGGGAGAUACUCUCCAUGUUCUGUCACCAGCAACAACUAGCAGAACCGGUCUUUACUAUAUCUACAGCUCCUGGAAAGUCGAUGUCCGACUUGUUAAGUUCCUACAACAAGAUAAAAGAUGAUUCCGACAGUCAGAAUUGGAGUAGAGGAAAUUGGAAGAUGCCAGGAUCAGGGAAAGGGUUUAGAUGUGAAGUGAAGAUUUUCUCAAAGUCACAGGACUUGGUUUUUGAUUGUUCGUUGAAAAAGUUAUAUGAGAAGGAAAAUGAUGCUAUUCAGAAUGCUGCAUUGAAAGCUCUCUCAUGGUUUAGUAUGUUUUUUGGCGACAUGGAUGUGGAAUCACUGGAAGCAUGCCAUACAGAAGACGACCUGAAUAUUCAGUUUAACCAGAGUAAUCGUUUUAAAGAGACGUUUCCAAGCAGUAGAGUGUAUCAUCUCCCCGAUAUUAUCAGAAAGGGUAACUGGUUUGAAUCAAGGUCUAGGGGUAUGCCAUGGGAAAAGAAGCGUGUUCAAAAGAUAGCAAACGGUUCAAUGGUCAGCAUAUGUUAUUCUGUGUACUUAAAAAAGGAUGCUGAGUCUUCAAAAAAGGGAAAAUCUAUGAAAGAACUCAUUGAAAGCAAUGAAGGGAUAGAGUUUGAGGUAGGGCAUUCUAUGAAUCCACAUCUUGAAUCAGUCAUUACUCAGAUGUAUGUGGGUCAGCAUGUUUGUUUCUCUACUGGAUUGCCUGCUGAAGCUUUGGUUUUGGCGGCUGCCAAUGAUACUGCGAAAGCUCUCUCAUUCUUAUCAGAUUAUGAAAGUUUGGAGUACAGUGUACUUUUGUUGGGAGUGAAGGGUCCAACAGAGGAACGAAUGGAGAAGGCUAACAUUGUUGAAAAGGUUCGCAGCCUUAUAGAGACAAGUCUUUGACAAAAGAGUAUUAACCCGAACAGGCUUCCAAAAAGUCCCUGUCUUUCUGGUGGUUAUCAGCUGAAGAAGUUGGACAGAAAGUCCUAUGAGAUUUCCAAAGCACAAGAGAUGUGAAGUACUUAAACUUAUUAAGUUCAGAUUAAUGGUCUUUUCUUCUAAAAAGUUUCUCCUCUAUGGACAUCUCCUUCAAACUAUAAAAAUGUCCACU